AGUUUCACUCUAGUCAGAUCAUCUCAAAUAAUAAGCGACAGUAAUCACACAUUACAUACGUAUAUAUUCUACCAACUAAGAUAGUUGGAUACAUAUUUGCAUAUGUAAUUGGAUGAUUUUAUUGGAUCUGUGUCAAGUAUAUAAGAGAAAACUUCUCUUCUCACACUUGUGCUGUGAAUACGACACAGUUACCAUUAUAGUUACUAUUCUUUAUCAAAGACUUGAUGUUUUACAAACUGGACCUUGAAUUCGUUGCCUCGAGAGCAGGAACGGUUGUACCUUGAACAUUCCAGUGUCAAGAAGUAUUUUGCAGAAAAUGGAAUCCCUUGUUGCAAUAAGUGCCGAAAAUCUGACCUCGACCAUUUUAUCUGGAACCUCCACUACGGCGUUUACUGAUAUACUAACAACGACGAACGGACCCCGGGCUAUGCGGCAACUCAUGGGUUUCAACAAUAUAACUUUAGUGGAUAAAGUGCCUCCGGAUAUGAUGCACUUAAUCGAUUCACAUUGGUAUCAGUAUCCACCCAUGGAUCCCAUGUGGCACAAAAUUCUAGGCCUUGUAAUGAUUGUAUUAGGAUUUAUGGGAUGGACCGGUAAUGGUGUUGUAGUAUAUAUAUUCUUGAUGACACCCUCCCUAAGAACGCCGAGCAAUCUUCUAGUGGUAAAUUUGGCUUUUUCGGACUUUAUCAUGAUGAUCAUCAUGUCGCCUCCUAUGGUAAUCAACUGCUACUACGAGACCUGGGUAUUAGGACCAUUAAUGUGCGACAUAUAUGCCAUGGUUGGCUCUUUAUGUGGAUGCGCUUCAAUAUGGACUAUGACUGCUAUUGCUUUCGACCGAUACAAUGUUAUAGUGAAGGGUAUGGCGGGAAAACCACUCACCAUCAAGAAAGCGCUACUCGAAAUUUUAAUAAUCUGGCUCUUUGCUUCAGUAUGGACGAUUUUACCUAUGGUAGGAUGGAACAGAUAUGUGCCAGAAGGCAAUAUGACCUCUUGUGGUACAGAUUUUCUCGCCAAGGAUUGGAGUUCUAAAUCAUACAUCUUAGUGUAUUCGAUGUUUGUAUAUUAUACGCCACUUCUUACUAUAAUUUAUAGCUAUUACUUUAUCGUUUCGACAGUAGCUGCUCAUGAAAAAGCAAUGAGGGAACAAGCGAAGAAAAUGAAUGUUCAAUCUUUGCGAUCUGGAGAUAACCAAAACAUAAGUGCAGAAGCAAAACUGGCAAAAGUAGCUCUAAUGACCAUUUCCUUGUGGUUCAUGGCAUGGACACCAUAUCUGGUUAUUAAUUAUACCGGUAUUUUUGGUGGUGCUCUUAGUCCUCUUUCCACCAUUUGGGGAUCCCUCUUUGCAAAGGCAAACGCUAUAUAUAAUCCAAUUGUUUAUGGAAUUAGCCAUCCAAAGUACAGAGCAGCGUUAAAGGAAAAGUUACCGUUCUUUGUGUGUGGCUCGACCGAGGAUCCAUCCGCGGCUGCGAAAACUGCAGAAACAUUAUCUACGACUACGACCACAACGUAAUUCCGAGCAAUGUAAUAAUUUUUAAAUAUUGUGAUAUAAUAUAAUUAGAGUAUAGUUCUUGAGGAAAUUGACGAAUCAGUAAUACUGGAUAUAUUAUGUGAUAAAUAUGUAACUUGUGUGGAAAUUUGUAACUUGUAAAGCUUUAAUAACUACUACGGAUAACGGAUUAUGUAAGAAGCUACAUAUAUAGAAUUUUAGUGGACUAACUCUGCUGUACGUGGUAAAUUCUCAUUUGGUUUUAAGUCUUCUCUUUUGUUCCUUACUUUUACUUCAAGUGUUAAAUAUUGCAGGGAUGAAUGAUAGCAGGCACUUAGUGCCGAUUGUAGUAGACAGAAGAAUGUUAUUCAAUAAAUCAUUUGCGAGCA